UUAUUUUAUUUUUUCAGAUGUGAUUAUCCUUUUCUUUUCUACUUAAAUAGCUAGCAUGAAGCUUCCCCAGGUCUGGUAGAUUCGGUAGCUUCCACUAUGAAGUGAAUAAUGUACUUCAGGUCACAAUCUGUAACAUUUUUUCCUUAUGCAAAUGAUUUUUUUAUUUUAUUUAUCCUUCACAUCCUAUCAUUUCUCAUUUUUAUUUUAUUUCCCCCAUAUUUCCAUUUCCUUUUUCCACAUAUCCAAACGGUUGCCCAACUCACCGAGGGAUUCGAAAACCGGAUCAAGAUGGAGACAAUGCCACGUAAUAUAUAUAUAUAUAUAUAUCACGUAUUACUCAACAGACAGCGUAGCCUGAGAGUGCCAAAGCUGAAGAAGUGUGUGUAGGUGUACGCAAAAAAGGAAAAAGAGUGCGAAACGGCCGCAUUCAAUUCAGGGAUUCUCCAAAAUGCCUUCCUCCGACCACCGCCCCGCCGUCGCAACCGCAACCGCAACCGCAACCGAUCCAAAGGACAACGGCUCAGAUUCUGAAGAACAUGAAGAAAUAGAAGAGGAAGUGGAAGUAGAAGAGGAGGUGGAGGUAGAAGUUCACGAAGAGCAAGAUAUGCGCAAAGGUUUGUCAGAUGCACCGAUUCAUGAGAAUCGGAACAAUGCUAGCCAAGGUAUGGAGUCCCUGGGGCACGAGGAGCAGUUGUGUUCAGUUUCUUCUGCUCUAGAUAAAUCCGUAGAAAAUCUACAAUCAGACACCCUUGCAGUAGAAGACAGUAAGAGAAAUUCAAAUCUUUCCUGUACAAGUGAGAAAAGAGAAAAGGAGGAAUCAUGCGUUAAUAGUGAGGAUUCUAAGUUCCCAAAAAUAGGGGAGAACCCGGUUGCUUCUGAUGACAACGUAUUUCAAGCAACCACUGCUGAUAAGAAUGGUUCUGGUGCCAUUUUAGAAAAGGGAAUCCUUAAAGACGAUAAUAAUGCACAUUAUGAUUGUAAGGCUCAUUUGUGCAAUAGUGAGAUUAUGACUGAUGACCACACAAAGCGCUGUAGUGUUUUUGGUGAAGAAGUGGUUCCUACAAUCUCAACAAAAGAUAUCUUUGAUGAGGAGGAUAGUGGUGUAAUAUAUUCUAAGGAAGAAAUUAAGCAAAUGAGCAUGCAAUCUGUGGAGGAGAUGAAGCAAAAGGAAUCAAGAUUGGCAACGACCCAUAUAAGGCUCAGAAGUUUGUCCCCAGGUGCUGACUUUAGGGAUCAAAACAAACAACCAGCGGUUAUAUGCGACUUUUUUGCUAAAGGAUGGUGUAUAAAAGGGAAGUCAUGUAGAUUCCUCCACAUAAAGGAUCGUGUGGAUAGUGCUAGCCGGGUGCCUGAAAGAAAUGUAGUUGAUGCAAAUAAGAAAAGUGAACUCUGGGCUGGUGAAGGUUUGUUUUCUGUGUCCCCCUUCCGUGGAAAGAGCUUGUUUCCUGAGCAAAGAUAUUUCUCAAGUAGCUCAGUUAUGUUAAAUACUGACCAAAACACCAUGAUUCCUGCUUAUGCAAUAAGUUUGGAAGAAUUGGCUAGUAAGAGAGGCCAGUAUAUGCUCAAUGCUCGUAGUUCGCCAGACUUGAGCCGUUCUCUGAAUUUGAGCUCAAGCACUUCUCUACCAUCAUCUACCGGCAUGUUACCAUCUCGCCAUUGUUCAGCUUAUACAAGGCCCUCUUUAUCAUUUAGUAGUUCUUCUAAAUCCACCUCCCUGCUGCGGAGCUCUUCACCAUUCUCUGGUUCUGAAACCGAAAAUUUGUCUGUACACAAUGCUUCUGGACAACCCCUGUGCUAUGGUGGACAUAAAGAAAAAAAUAUUUUCUAUGAUUGGGAGCCAUCUGUACCUUUUCGGCCAUCAUUUUUUAUUAAUUCUCUAAAUAUGUCAUCUCCAGGAAGCCAAUAUGACCCUAUCCAUGAUAGCAUUGAGCAGCCCAACUUAGGAGAUCGGUUCUCAAAAAUUUUGUCAUCUAGUCAAGGGACAUCCAUCCUGACUCCACAUCUGCCUGUAAAUGGCGAUCCUGUUUUAACGGGGACUCUAUGCCAAGAGUAUAGCUCAGGUAAGUACUCUCAUCAUAAAUUCCUUGAGAAUAUGUUGGACAGUAACUCUUAUGGAAAGAGUGUGUUUACAACUGAAGCUGAAACUGUGGGAGCUGAACAGCAUAACGAAAUUGCCUUGCCCAUAGAAGAGAAGCUCUUGGGCUCCGCCUAUGUCAAAGACGUUACAAAAGCUAACAAACAUAAUAUUGAUCUUGAACUUCAAAGUGAUGGACCAAGACACAAUAAAAAAUCAAAAGUAGAUCCGAGUGAAGCAAACAGUGAACAGGACCCAAAAGCACUGAAGCUUUUUCGUGAUUCUCUCAUUGAUUUUGUGAAAGAAUUGCUGAAACCAACUUGGGAAGAGGGUCGUCUGAGCAGAGAUGCUCACAAAAUGAUAGUUAAGAAAGCAGUUGACAAGGUCAUUAGCACAGUGCAGCCUAACCAAAUUCCAAGUACUAUGGAAAAAGUUUAUCUAUAUUUUUCUUUAUCCGAUACAAAAAUUGCAAAGCUUGUUGAGGGAUAUCUCGAGAAGUAUGGCAAAUUCUGAGCUGCUGGGCCGAUUGGAUUUCUUUUAUGAAGUGUCUAUACAGCCUACCAGCUUGGAAGUUGUGGACAUUUCUUUGGGGCUGUCCUUUUUAACUACCAACGAAUGCAAGUACGCUUACUGACAAGAAGCCGAUGGACAUUAAAGUGUAAGAAGACAGGGAUUCAAAAUUGUGUAAAGAUGAUGAUUAUGUAGCUUGAGUUUCUAGUGGUGCUUGAGUCAUCAAGACAUCAACAAAGUGACAAAUGAAAACUCAGGUUAAAGUUAAUUGUGGUGGUGCAGCCCAGCAACAAACCUAACACUUCCACCAGGUGCGGUGAAGAAUAGUUGGAGAUGUGAUACUAAAAGGAAACUGGCAGUGAAGAAAAGGAAGAAAAAUGAAGUUUGUAUUACAGUAAUUUCAUAUUUUAUUGUUCUGCAUGGGAUGGGAAACAACCUGGAAAAAAAUGACUGAACUACUGGCUUGCAGAUGUGCAUUUUUGCCUGGUUACUCACUCAAGAGCGAAGAGAAUCCUUCUAAGGUCUCUCUCCUGAACUUAAUUCGCAGCAGUUCAAACACAUCAUCCAAGGUUGAAAAGAAAGGAUUUAAUGGCCAGGUUGAUCAGUGAAUGAAGAAGACUCGGCCAUCCAUCUCUUGCUUUUGGGCUUUCCACAGGCAAGCAAAACACUGAAAAGGAAGGGAUGAAGGAACCUUCUUUGGAUGUCUGCUUGAAAAGUUCUAGAAGAUCAGUUGUCUCUCAAAAGAUUGAUGCUUGGAUAGCUUUUUCUGGGCUUACUUACAGGUUUUAGGGAAUGAAUCAAGAGAAUUUUGAAUCAAAGCCCUGGAUUUUUGUUCAUCCCUUGCCUUAAUAAUAUCUGAGGGUUUACAGCGAUGACUUGGUAUAUCUACUAUAUGAGGAAGUGCUUAUCUAAGUAGCAUCAUUGGGGUAGAUACACAAAUCAAUUCCAAUACAAGAAGCCAAGUAGGCGGUUUGGUGCGAGUGGAGGAUUGUUAGUCUUUGUAGCAGUUCCAUUGAGACACAAUUUUACCGUCACUCUGAUCUCCUGCUGCCAUUACAGUUGUCGGUGAUAAGUCUUAACUAACAUGCACAGGCAACUUAAAUGGAUCUGAUUGGAAUGGAAUUACUUGUGGUAAGGGCUGAUCAUUGGAGAAUAACAGAUUGCCAAUGCCAAGAAAUUCUUACUAUACCAGCUGCAACAUCUAAAUACAUCUUAUCUGCCGUCGUGGGUUGUCAUUGAUUUUUUGGCAGACUCCUCAGUGACAGUGGAGAGGAUCCUGGUCCAUAAUGAUUACAUAGUCCAAAUCUUGGGAGGGUGUUCGGAUGCAUUUCUACUUUUGUUUUAUUAGUUUUUCCUUUUUCUUUAAUUGUUCUGUAGUGCUGAUUGUUCUUUUCCUUUUUCCCAUUUCCUCCCUCCCCCUGGAUGCCAACUGAGAUGUAUUAUUCCCAAUUCUUGUUCCUUUUUCUCUCUGGGGUCUUAAUUCUUGUAUGGUUUAAUGUUGACACAGCUGAUUGAAUCCGUCAGGGACCGGGUUAAAGUCAUAGCUCAGGAACAGCUUUCGGACGGGAGGAACUUGGCUGACAGCAGGAAUGGAGGGACGGGAAACUCAGAGAGCAGCUUUAGCUCGGGGUAUCAACUCGUAGGCCUAUUGAAAGAAUUUACUUUUCUGGAAUCUCGUUUCUUGAAGGUUAGAUCUUUAAACUCAGCUUCCAGUGUGGAAUAUUUGGACUUUUGGAUUUAUCUGCAGCAGGUGAAUAAAAUUUUGGAGUCAUCUAUAGCAGGAGAGAAAAUUCAUAGAAUUCGUUGAAAAUGGCAGAAGUGAUGAAUCUUGUAAUAUAUAUUGAUUUGUUAUCAUUCCAUAAUAAAAAAAAUUUAAGAUGUUUAAAAUUAAACAAUUGAGAUUUAUAUUUAGCGUUUGAAAUAUAUGUGAACAAUGUAACAUAAAACAAAAUUGCAGGUUUCUUCAUCUGAUAAAAAAGUUGAAAUGAAUUUGGAGCUGUGAAAUCAUAGUUGGAUGUUUGUUAUAAUGUACCAAGUAGCUGGUACUUUAGAUGAUUUUAACCUAGAGAUGUAUUUGUUGCUAGCCAUUAAGUUAACUAUGAAAAAUCAUCAAAUCAAGGGCUUAGCUUAGUUAUUCUGUUUUUUUUUUUUUCCUCCUCCUUCCCUAGAUUGGAUUAGCCACAUAGGACACACACUUCACUCAAAAUCCAAACAUCUGUUAUUCAGAGCCCACUUGGCUAUACAAUGAGCUGAAAAGUAGGGGAGCCCAGGAGAGAAAAGCCCCCACCCCUUAGCAGCAAAAAAAAUGUACAUCCUCCUUUAUAACAGCUGAAAAGCCGGUAAAGGUUUAAGCUGCUUAAUAGAUUUGCAGUCGCCCUCUGUAAUAUAAAAACAAAAUUUUUAAGCUCUGUUUUUAGGUCAAGAAGGUAAAAUUAUACUUCUCUAUACCAACAUCAAAUGUCUAUUUUACCUAAACAUGUAAGAAAACAGAAUAACAAAAAAUGAAUAGAUCUGCCAGACUGCCAACAAAUACUAUUUAAACUUUUUGUCUGUAAGCAGUUAACUAGGGCUGCAUUUUUGGUGGUCAACCUUAAUUUAGACCACUCUCUUUUAUAGUUUGUUUUGAAAAUUUUCAAUGUGAUCAAUAUUCGGGUUUUGAUUUGGCACAGAUAAUAGACAAAUUCUGAAUCCCUGAUCAAUCCACUUUGACCUUGUAUCAUUUUCGUAGAAGCAUAGAUUAAAUGGGCAUACAACAAGACCAUCAUAAAUUUAUAAGAUUCAUCUCAUUAAAAGUGUUAAGGGCCCGUUCCUAUAAUUGUGUAGAUUUUCAAAUUGUUACUGGAGUGCCUGACUGGACCGAACCUUUCAUUCUUACAAUGAGCCCAAUAUCAAAAAACAGAGUUUGAUGAAUGUUCUGAUUUUUUUUCAAAUAUUGCUGGUGUCUCAAUUUUUUAGGAGCCUAAGUGGCUAACACAGUACAGGCUUCUCGAAGAGCUCUCUAGAUCAAAACAGGUUAAUUUGUGUUGAAUACAAUAGCAAAUAGUUCAUUAAAUGUGAGACCCAUGUUUCAGAGUUAUGGACCAGUCACAGCUUGUCUUUUUGUCCACGAGAUUGUCCUCGCCCUCGACCAUUGGAUCAGUUGCACCAUCUCCAAUCCAAUCACUAUGAUAUGGAUUCAAAUUUUAGUAUUGAUGCUUUCAUUUAGUAGUAGUAAAACUUGAAGGGACUAUUACCAGACAAAGAAAAAGACAGAAAUCUUAGUCAAGCUAGCCAGCUAGGUUAGGUUCACCUAGUUAUGCUACGGGGCACAUUAUGGACUUUUUAUUUUACCCAAAAAUUUAACAUAAAUGACCAACAUACCCUUAAUAUGUGAUUUUUUAUUUACAAGUUAGGAAUAGUUAUGUCAUUAUUUUACUUUUAAAAUAGAGUGGAUUUGAUCAAAGGUGAUUUAACCAGUGCAAUAUGAUACUAGAUGGAGUACUAUUGAUCAAUCCGUUUUUAAGGUUUGGGAUGGGUUGUAGUUUUGCACCUGAGAAUAUAAACUACGUAUUUAUAUGCCCAUAAAUCUAGUGAUCAAACAAGUGGUACAAGACAUUCACUGAGACAACACCGUUUCCAAAGUUGCCAUUUUAUAACUUGAUUAAAUUUCCACAAGUGUCUUAAUAAUUUUCAUUAGUGAAAAUUGUUUAAAUUUUCGAAAAAAAAAAAAAAACAGGUGUCUUAAUAAUUUGUCUACCGACUACAGUACUACAUUUUGUAAUUAAUUGAACGCUACCCAACGAUUCAUAGGUUGAUUGAAAUGACAACCGUAUCCUUAUUGUCCUAGUGACCUCCAGAUCCUUCCCAGGCAUAAUUCCUGACAGACAGAGACAACCCACUUUAAUCACAUUUCAUUAAAAAAGAAAAAUACUCCUAGAUAAGAUUUCAGAUCCAAAUUAUCAAAGGUAUGGGUCCCACAUUUCACAAGGCCCAAUAACUCCAUUACUUGUGGACCCCACAUGGAACAAGAGAAAAUGACAAUGAUGAUUAAUUAAAAGAGACAGAUGGACACCAACACUCAACCCACUCUCGGCUAAUCUAUUCAAUUCAGAUUUUAGCCCAAAUCGAGG